AUGUCUUACAAUCUUAUAGAAGUCCAAGAAUACAUCCAGCAUAAGUCUCUUGAAGAGCGAAUGCAAAAGUCUUCACAAAUGAUGAACGAUAAUCAAGGGAAAAUUCCUGCAAUUUUAUUAAAAGCAAAAUCCUGCACAUAUAAGCUUCCUGUGCAAAAACUUUCAAUAGAUGGAUCAAUGACAAUGGGAAGCUUGCUGUUUGCCCUCAGAAAAUAUUCAGAAGGCUAAUAAAUUUUUGAUAGUCUUAGGCUGCAAAUUUAAUUAGUAAAUGUGGCAAAAAUAGUUUUUUUUAUAGCAGAGGGCCUGCUUUGGAUCGCAUCUGCUACACCUUGCUGUAUCAACCUGUGGGGCUAACUCGGGCAGCCUCAUUGCCAAGUAAACCACACAAGUUUGCAAGUGUCACUAUAUUUUCACUUGCCAACCCCACAGGUAGUGGCAGCAAGGUGUAGCUCAGGACAAUCUAAAGCAGGUUCUUGCUAUAUAGAAAAUUAAUAUAAAGCAGCUUAUAUGUGGUUGACCCCGAGUCAAGGCCUAUAUGUUUAUAUAAAUGAUACUCUACCAAUGCUAAAUUCCAGACUUUCUGAUUUAUAUGAGCGUUAUAAAGAAGAAGAUGGAUUUUUGUAUUUAUUGUGUGCUCAUCAAGAAGAUAAAGGUUUUUAUAACACUGAAAUAUUUUAA